AUGGCUCCCAUCAGCAAGGAGGUCCCCGCCGGCGCCAUCACCGGAGCCGCCGACUUCUUCGCCAAGGGCUUCUCCGCCAUGCUCAACUCGGAGUCUACCGAGCGUGUCUCCAACAGCUACAUCGUCGUCUACAACAACACCUUUGACGAUGACACGAUCAACUUCCGCCAGACCGAGGUCAUGAACCACAUCAAGCGCCGCAACAUUGGCAAGCGUGGCCUGGACGGCCGCCAGCUGAGCACCGAGGUCCACGCCCUCGCCAUGAACGGCUGGCGCGCCAUGACCCUCGAGUCCGACGACGACAUGAUCCUUCAAAUCAUGAACGAGCCCGAGGUCGCCUGGGUCGAGGCCAACGCCCGCGUCAAGCUCUCCGCGUCGGUCGCCCAGAUGAACGCGCCCCCCGGACUCAACCGCCUGUCCAACGCUCAAGCCGGCACCGGCAACUACGUCUUUGACACGACCGGCGGCGAGGGUGUCACCGUCUACGUCGUCGACACGGGUAUCCGCACCGACCACUCGGAGUUCCAGGGCCGUGCCACCUUUGGCGUCAACACUGUCGACAAUGUUGAUAACGACCAGAACGGUCACGGCAGCCACGUCGCUGGUACCAUUUGCGGCCAGACCUUCGGUGUCGCCAAGUCUGCCAAUGUUGUCGCCGUCAAGGUCCUUGACGGCACUGGUGCCGGCUCCAACGCCGGUGUUCUCGACGGCCUGCAAUUCAUCAUCAACGAUGUCCAGCAGAAGAACCUCCGCGGCAAGGCCGUCAUGAACAUGUCUCUCGGCGGCCCUCAGUCUGCGGCCGUCAACCGCGCCGUGCAGGCCCUCUUCGACGCCGGUGUCGUUCCCGUCGUGGCUGCUGGUAACGAGAACCAGGACGCUGCCAACACGUCGCCUGCCUCAGCGCCCAAGGCCAUCACGGUCGGUGCCAUUGACGCUUCCAACGACCAGAAGGCCUCUUUCUCCAACUUUGGCGCCGACGUCGACAUCUUCGCCCCCGGCGUCGACGUCCUUUCUGUCGGCAUCAGAUCCAACACGGCCACCGACACCCUGUCCGGCACCUCCAUGGCCUCGCCCCACGUCGCCGGCCUCGCCGCCUACCUGAUCGCUCUCGAGAACAUCAACACCCCCGAGGCCGUCGCCUCGCGUCUCACCGAGCUCGCCACCGCCUCGGGCGCUCAGGUCCUCCGAAACACCCCCGGCACCACCAACCUCAUUGCCAACAACGGCCAGCUCUAG